AUGUCCUCUCGAGCCACGAAACUCUGCGGCCGUCCAGGCCAGGCGCACCUGUUCUCGCCGCUCGCCGCUCGCCGCCCAGUGCGUCGGGCCCAGAAGAUUGAAUUUGUGCCGUUCUGCAGGCGGCUAAGGAGAUUGCGGGCACCUCACCGCAGUCACCCUGCCUCGAGAGCAGAGUCGGCACUAACACCGCUGGAAACUUACACUGCGCCGAGAGGGUGUGGCCUGGUCGUCACCAUCGCGAGCCCUGCUUUCGACCACCACCCUUUCUCCACCUAUCCAAACAUUCGUCAAGGUUGGUAUCCAGUACAUCCCGGCACAGCAUUCCGGCAGCAUCAGCAUGCACAGCACCCACCGUUCGAAGUCGUCAUCCACAGCAUCAGCACCGAUAAACCCUCGCAUCAGCACCGCCCAACAGAUCGAUCGUCGCAGCGUCAGAACAUCAGCAUAGGAGACACAGCCAGCAGGUCGCACGAAACUGUACCCGACACUGAAGCAGAGGGAGUGGAGAAUGGUGGCAGCGUUAUAGUCAUAGAUGAACGGCAUCGAUGGUGGGCGAUCGACAGUGUGCAGUCGGCGACGAGCAGCGGUAAACUGCGUGCAGUGAUUCGACCUCGUUGCAUCUACGGCACCAUCCAGCCACGCCGUCAGGACCCAGGUCGGAUGGCAGUGUCUCGUUCAUCUGCAUGCGUUCUUGCCGGCUCCUCUUCCGCGCCAUUGACGUUGAUUGCCAAAGUCAGGCUUGCACCACACCGAUGCCGCCUGUCCGACUCUGUUCCAGCCCACGCCACCAUGUUGCACGACCGCCGUGACUCGACGCAGACCGCCCACACGACUAGUUCGACUUGCUACCCGACACGUCCAGCGAUGGCUGAGCGUGUCACUCUCCGCAAGCGCAACCCUUACAACACCAAGUCUUCCCGCCGCCAGGUGGUCAAGACCCCCGGUGGCCACCUCCGCUACCUUCACCUGAAGAAGCGCGGUACCGUCCCCAAGUGCGGUGACUGCCACACUGACCUGUCGGGUAUCAAGGCGCACCGCCCCCGCGAAUACGGCACCAUCUCCAAGCGCCAGAAGAGCGUCUCGCGCGCCUACGGCGGCUCGCGCUGCUCGUCGUGCGUCCGCACCCGCAUCAUCCGCGCCUUCCUCGUCGAGGAGGCCAAGAUCGUCAAGAACGUCCUCAAGGCCCAGGCAAAGUCGCAGAAGUAA